GUUCGCCGGGCCCCUGCCGUCAGCCCGCCGGAUCCCGCCGCUGCCGGAGCCGCAGCGUUUCCCGUCGCAUCGCCGAGCCACCCCCUCCCUCUCCCUCCCUCCUUCCCAUCCCCCCUUCUUUUCAAGCGUGAGACUCGUGAUCCUUCCGCCGCUUCCCUUCUUCAUUGACUCGGAAAAAAAAUCCCCGAGGAAAAUAUAAUAUUCAAAGUACUUAUUUUCAAUCAAGUAUUUGCCCCCGUUUCACGUGAUAUAUUUUUUUUUAAGACUCCCCCCUCCCUUUUUCCCCUCCAAGGAAAGGGAGGGGAAAGAAUUGUAUUUUUUUCCCCAGCCCCAAAUCAUCUAUAUGUUAAAUAUCCAUACUGAUCUGCCUUGAAGGAGAAAUACAUCGCUCGUUUUUUUUUUUAAAGCUGUACAAAAGGAGUGAAAAGCCAAGAGGACGAAGUCUUUUUUUUAUCUUCUUGUGGGAGAACUUAAUGCUGCAUUUAUCAUUAACCUAACACCCCAACAUAAAACAAAAGGAAGAAAAGGAGGAAGGAAGGAAAAGAGGGUGAUUCGGGAAGAGAGUGAUCAUGUCAGGGCGGCCCAGAACCACCUCCUUUGCGGAGAGCUGCAAGCCAGUGCAGCAGCCUUCAGCUUUUGGCAGCAUGAAAGUUAGCAGAGACAAGGAUGGCAGCAAGGUGACCACAGUGGUGGCAACUCCUGGGCAGGGUCCAGAUAGGCCACAAGAAGUCAGCUAUACAGACACUAAAGUGAUUGGAAAUGGGUCAUUUGGUGUGGUAUAUCAAGCCAAACUUUGUGAUUCAGGAGAACUGGUUGCCAUCAAGAAAGUAUUGCAGGACAAGAGAUUUAAGAACCGAGAGCUCCAAAUCAUGAGAAAGCUAGAUCACUGUAACAUAGUCCGAUUGCGUUAUUUCUUCUACUCAAGUGGUGAGAAGAAAGAUGAGGUCUAUCUUAAUCUGGUGCUGGACUAUGUUCCGGAAACAGUAUACAGAGUUGCCAGACACUAUAGUCGAGCCAAACAGACGCUCCCUGUGAUCUAUGUCAAGUUGUAUAUGUAUCAGCUGUUCCGAAGUUUAGCCUAUAUCCAUUCCUUUGGAAUAUGCCAUCGGGAUAUUAAACCACAGAACCUCUUGUUGGAUCCUGAUACAGCUGUCUUAAAACUCUGUGACUUUGGAAGUGCAAAGCAGCUGGUCCGAGGAGAACCCAAUGUUUCGUAUAUCUGUUCUCGGUACUAUAGGGCACCAGAGUUGAUCUUUGGAGCCACUGAUUAUACCUCCAGUAUAGAUGUAUGGUCUGCAGGCUGUGUGUUGGCUGAGCUGUUACUAGGACAACCAAUAUUUCCAGGGGACAGUGGUGUGGAUCAAUUGGUGGAAAUAAUCAAGGUCCUGGGGACACCAACAAGGGAGCAAAUUAGAGAAAUGAACCCCAACUACACAGAAUUCAAAUUCCCUCAAAUUAAGGCACAUCCUUGGACUAAGGAUUCGUCAGGAACAGGACAUUUCACCUCAGGAGUGCGGGUCUUCCGACCCCGAACGCCACCGGAGGCAAUUGCACUGUGUAGCCGUCUGCUGGAGUAUACACCAACUGCCCGAUUGACACCACUGGAAGCUUGUGCACAUUCAUUUUUUGAUGAAUUAAGGGACCCAAAUGUCAAACUACCAAAUGGGCGAGACACACCUGCACUCUUCAACUUCACCACUCAAGAACUGUCAAGUAAUCCACCUCUAGCUACCAUCCUUAUUCCUCCUCAUGCUCGGAUUCAAGCAGCUGCUUCAACCCCUACAAAUGCCACAGCAGCCUCAGGGCCACUUAGGUGUCUCACAUGGUGGCAGCUGGUUUUCCCUGGACCAACUGAUCCAAGAAAGAGGACAAGAUGCUAAUGCCGGAGACCGUGGACAGACCAACAAUGUCGCUUCUGCAUCAGCUUCCAACUCCACCUGAACAGUCCCGAGCAGCCAGCUGCACAGGAAAAACCACCAGUUACUUGAGUGUCACUCAGCAACACUGGUCACGUUUGGAAAGAAAAUUAAAAAGAGAAAAAAACCUGCUCAUUUUAGUGUUCAAUUUUUUUAUUAUUAUUGUUCUUAUUUAACCUUGUAAAAUAUCUAUAAAUACAAACCAAUUUCAUUGUAUUCUCACUUUGAGGGAGAUCCAGGGUGGGAGGGGUUGUGGGGAGGGGAAAGCGGAGCACUAGAACACACAAUCUCUUUCCCACGACAAUCUUUUUUUAUCAAAAGUCUGCUGUUGUAUACUUUAAAAACAGGACUCCUGCCUCAUGCCCCUUCCACAAAAGAAGACUUUGUUCUGUGCUGAAGUUUUUUUGAACUUUGUUUUCUUUUAAAGUCAAGUGUAAGACUUUGGUAUAGUGCACAGCUUGAAAUUGGUUGGGAGCUUAGCAGGUGUAACUCAAUGGGGACUUCAGUGUCACUUGUAAAAUUAAUCCAUAUCCUCGGGUAUUUGAAGACUUGCCUUUGGCAUGUUGGUGGCAGGUGUGGCAGACAAAAAAGGAAAUGUGUAUCAUUUGUAUGUAACCCAGGGAGGUCAAUAAAGUUUGAAGAUUCUUAAUUGACUCGAUAAGGUUUUGUUUUGCUCUUAAUCAGUGCUAGUGGUGAAGAAACUUAAAUUGGAGGCUGUCAAAGGAAGAGCAUGCGUGCUCUGAGGGUGGAUCUUUGUUCGCCUGACCAAAGCUUCCCUGCAAAUCUUAGUACAGUUUUAAACUAGUGACCAGAAGACUGAAAAGGAUGUUGAGCCAGUCACUCUGGCUGUGGAGGUCAAAAGCUGAUGAACCUGGAGGAAGGGGACAGGCCAAGAGGAGAUCUCACCACUGUGAAUGAAUUUGUCCAGAUUUGUUUCUAAAGUUGCUUCCCUUGGAAAGAUACACUUGAGAGGACAUUAUAGUUAAAUAAUGUGAACUGUAACAGUCUACUGGUUUAUUUUUCAUAUUUUUAAUUACAAAUUGAGCUUGCAGAAAUUGCCACAUUCUGCACAUAGUUCUAAUUUUAAAUCCAAAUCUAGAAUCUGUAUUUAAUUUUAGCUUUUUUUUUUAACCUCUUGCUUUUAAAAUUUUAUUUAUUGAUGUAUGUCAGAUAGACCAUUGUGAUUUUAGGUGGUAGAAAUAUUAAGAAUUACACAUCAGAAUGGUAUAAACAGUCACGUGUACCUGCUGACUUUAUAGGAAAGCUGAUUAUAUAAAUGUGUGUAUGUAUAUAUGUUAUAUAUACAUAGAUUCAAUACUGCCUUUUAUUUUUGUUUUUGUCCACAGUAUCAAAAUCAACUGGUUGAAGCAUGAGAAGAAUGUUUCCUCCCACACCCAGUUAAGAGUUUUUGUUUCUGUUUCCUUUGUGUAUCAGUGAAUGGUGUAAGACUCAGUUUCUGUUUUUGAAGAAAAAGCAAUAUUCCUUGGAAAGCAAAGAGGAUUGAAGGAUUAUGUUUGCAGUGAGGAAAUAGAUUUUCACAACUAGUUUGUUUUAUACUUUUAAGAUUGACAUCUUUGUGGGCCUUAUAUACUCUAAAAUGAACCUUAGUCACCUUGGUGCUUAUGGGCCAUUACUUGACCUAUGAAUCUUUAAGGCACAAUCAGUUGUACUUUACAUAUAAAGAUCACUUGAGUGAUGGCCGCCUUUCCCUUCUACCCACUCUUUCCCUACACACCUUCCAAGGUUAGUUGAUAACUGUAGGGCUGUAGAGCUGAGCCCUUGAUCGUGUGUAACCUCCCUUCACCUUCCUCAUUGCCACCUUAGGUCGUGUUAGGGGUCUUGCCCUCCAGGUGAUUUGGAAGUGGAGUCUCUUGGCAGCCCUCAGCGCAGGUCCCAGUACCCUGUCCUGCUUCUUUACCAAGUGUGUGUGACUCUCCAAGAGAGUCCUACUGCCUGCUGAAGUGAACCAGUACCCAGAAGGGCAACUGUGAGCCAGCCAUCUUAGUUUUCCAUUCACUGUUCAGCUAAGCUCUUAGGCCACAAAAGGGGUUUCUCAGACCCCUGGUUUUAUCAGAGUUCGUGAGAAAGGAAAUAACGCUCAGUUAAACCAAAUCGAACAAAUUGACUUUUACAUUUCACACUGCGCUUCUGAGAGCUAAUUAAGCUUUGAAAGAAGUCUGAAUCAAAGUAUUUGGCCAGGUAGUUCCUAAAGGGAAUGGCUUUGGUAGACCAUUUUCAGACGGGAUUUAUAAAGCUGAACAGCAGGUCUAUGACAGAGAAAUGGACCUGCUUGCACACCAAACUGCCCAGCCAAACAUUUGGACACAGACACUACUCUGGACUUGGUAUAUUUGCGAGAGUCCGUAAAAAUCUGCUUGUUUUAGGAAACACUCCCCCCUCCUUUGCCCCCAUAAAUGGGGUAAGAGAAGAAGAGAGAAAAGUCAGUUGCUUUUCUCUCACUUCUGUGUGUGUGUGUGUGUGAGGGCUGAGGUGCGUGAUUUUUCUUUCUCAAGGAUCAUGGCGGUAUCACAGAACUCUUUUAUACAAGUGAGAUCCAGGUCUCUGAAUAUCUUUUUGUAAAUAAUGAUAAUAAUAAUAAUAAUAAUAAUAAAAAGCUCCUCACCAAAUUCAAGCUUGUACAUUAUAUUUUCUUUCAGUGUUUUUAAAUUUAAGUUUUAUUGUUUUGUAUGUAAAUAUGUGGACCCAGGAACUGUUAAUUAAUGAGCAAAAAGUUACUGUUCAGGGCAGUGAUUCUGUUUAAUAAUCAGACAAAAUGUAGACGAGCUUUUUAAAGCCAUAUAGUUUUAACUCUGUACAGUAGGUACCGGCCUGUAUUAUUGUAACAAUAACUCUAGCAAUGUAUAGUGUAUCUAUAUAGUUUGGAGUGCCUUCGCUUCCAUGUGUUUGUUUUUUGUUUUUGUUUUUCAUUUUUCAAAUUUUAAUUGGUUUUUCUAUCCAUGUCUCCCUGUCCUACUACCCCUUUCCCUUUGAAAUAAUAACUCACUAACAGUGUCUUUGCCCCUUCCACAGUUAAUUUCAGUGAUACCAUGCUCAGGAGUGGAAAGAGGAGACCGUGUUCAUGAACUCACUUCAUUUAAGCCCUGCCUUUGUUUUGGUUCUGAGCAGCUGUUUCCUCCUCAGUCAGUAGCAGUGACCGGUUUCAUUUCAUACUUAGUCCAUCCAGGGACUUUGUGUCAUGUCAGGGAGCCCUAGAGCUGGAAGAGACCGAAUCGAUGCUAGUUUGCUCAUCUCUUCCCCAAAUCCCAACCAUGGGUCUUAACAAACAGCAGAUUCAGGAGUCUUCCAUGCUCCCCCUUUAUCUACUUCCUUCCCAAAUGAAAGAGACAGUGGGUUUUUAUAAAUCCAAGUUUCUUAAUAGUACCAGGUUUUGCUCCAUUGGUCUAAAAUGCUGUCAUGUGAUUACUAGCAGUUACUGCGCGCAGUGCCACCCAGCGGAGAGAGGACUGUUGUGUUAACGAGGGAACUCAGCCCAUCCCCUCCCUCCUGCCACCUCUACCCCUGUUCAGUGAAAUGUCAUUGUCAUUUCCUUCUUAAAAAAUAAGUUUAAUUCUUACUGUGUGCCCAUCAUGAAGGCCUUUUUUGAAAGAAAAAAAUCAAAAUCAUUUGUUUUGCCUCCAAGUACUCCAUAUAAGAUGUCUUGAGUAGAAGAAAACACAAACUUUACCAAACCAAAGGUUGCUAUUUUUGAAACAUCGUGUGUUCAUUCCAGCAAGGCAGAAGACUGCACCUUCUUUCCAGUGACAUGUCGUGUCCGUUCUUUAAGUCCUCUUACUUUUUAGACACAUUUUUUUGGUUUGUGUUUUAACAAAGCCUGCCUAACCAGUCAUCUUGUCUGCACCAAUGCAAAGGUUUCUGAGAGGACUAUUGUAUUCUCUAUCCCUGUGGAUAUAAAGACACUGGCAUUUCAUUUCUUUUUCCCUUUCCUUUUUAAGGGAUUUAACUUUGGAAUCUUCCAAAGGAAGCUUGGCCAAUGCCAGAUCCCCAGGAGUUUGGGGGUUUUUCCUUUGUUUUAAACCAAAAUUAUAUCUGAUUUCUGUUGUUCUCAUGUUAGUGAUCAUCUAAUCACAGAGCCGAACACUUUCUCCCCUAUAUAGAAAAUUAAAAUAAGCAUGCUUUACAAUAAAACCUGUCUUUUCUGGUAGAAACCUGAGCCACUAAAAAUAAGACAACUAGAAGCAGAGUAGAGUCCCAGACUAAGGUCUGUGUUUGAGAGGCUUGAAAGUAAUCCCUGGGGUUUGGAUUAUUUUCACAAGGGUUAUGACGUUUUACUCAAGUUUGUUGCUCCGUUUUGCACCUCUGCAAUAAAAGCAAAAUGACAACCAGUACAUAAGGGGUUAGCUUGACAAAGCAGACUUCCUUGUGUUCAUUUUUGUUUUUUUUUUUUUCUUAUUAUAUCUGUCUACAGGCAGAUACAGAUAGAUGUAUGAAAAUGUGCUUGCCUGUAAAAUUUGCAUUUAUAAAUGUGUUGCCGAUGGAUCACUUGGGCCUGUACACAUACCAAUUAGCGUGACCACUUCCAUCUUAAAAACAAAUCUAAACAAAAUUUAUUAUAUAUAUAUAUAUAUAUAUAUAAAGGACUGUGGGUUGUAUACAAACUAUUGCAAACACUUGUGCAAAUCUGUCUUGAUAUAAAGGAAAAGCAAAAUCUGUAUAACAUUAUUACUACUUGAAUGCCUCUGUGACUGAUUUUUUUUUUCAUUUUAAAUAUAAACUUUUUUGUGAAAAGUAUGCUCAAUGUUUUUUUUCCCUUUCCCCAUUCCCUUGUAAAUACAUUUCGUUCUAUGUGACUUGGUUUGGAAAUAGUUAACUGGUACUGUAAUUUGCAUUAAAUAAAAAGUAGGUUAGCCUGGAAAUGAAAUUAAAAUUCACAAGUGUGUGGUCUUUAUUUCAGUACCCAACCCUCUUUUCUUUACCCUACCUAUUUUGCUACUGCAAUAUGUAGUCACAUCACCAUUUCCAUUCCUGCAAUUAGAGAAACAUGGAUCUUUGUUAUAAAAUCAAGAUAGGAACACUAGUGCUUGUUCUUUAAAUGAUCUUAUUCCAUUGUAUAGCCCCAAGAGGUGCAGCUUCCAUCUUGGAAACCUUUGGAUGUGAUGUAGAGGAAGCUUUGCAGACACUGCUUUGAAAAGAAAGAAAAUGUCCUUGAGAGGGACAAAUUUUUAAAACGUGUGUAAGCUGCUGUCGUUGAUUACUGUGUUCAUGGUUUGGUGUAGCUGUAUUUUCUUUUAACUUUCAUCCCAUUAGUAAUGGUCUUUGGGAGUAUCUGUAAGAUAUAUGAACACCACAAACCGUGGGGCUGUACCUCCCAGGUAACGAACACAUGUUGUGUUUGAAUCUGCUCAUUUCCAAUACUGGAUGAUGUAUGUAAACAUGUUAUGUCUCUUAGUGCAAAAAGAAACAUCAUUUUUUUAGGGCUGGCUCACUCUGUCAGGCCUAAUCUAAAGGCUAGAUAUAAAGUCAUGUGACUGCUGCUUCAAUAAAAACAAAUUUAUAUUGGA